ACAAGCCACCGCCUUGUUCAGACGUCUGAAGACGCAGACGGAGCAAGCAAAUGCAGACUUGAUAAACGCUACGGCGCCAGAGCACCUAAAAAGGGUGCUACAGACAACCAAAACAAGGAACGUCAUCGCAAUGAGAAAACUCAUCGCAUUGACGGGCCAUCCGGACACGUCGCUACCGGACGACAUCCUCCAUGGAUUUCAAACAAUAGGGGAGUACAAGAGUACUGGCCUUUGGAAGGCAGACGUCAAUGCCGCGGAGGCAAAGGACCUCAAAGAAU